GUCAUUUCCUUUCCAACGGACAGAAAAUCAAUAAAAACUAAUUCUUCGAACAAACAUCUAUCUGACGUGUCACGUGUUACGUACUAAUUUUGUAUUUCAGUAGUGUUAAAUAAAAUCUAUGAAAUACGCCAUGACAAUAAUGGAGAACGUUCUUAGCAAUAAAUGGCUUGAGUUGUUGGAAAUAAGUACAAACUGAAAGCAAUGGAGAAACAAAUGCAGGCGAGAACGUUGAACAAAUCAGCGUGUUGGAUAUGUUUAGUGCCACCAUGGGGAUUCACAGACCGAGAAGAAGAAAAGCUAUACUCGGCGUAUACGCAGCGACAGCGGCAGCGAGCUGUGCCCCGGCUGCUAGCCACCGGCGCGCUGAUGCAGGCGUUCGCGGUGGUGGUGCCGGGGGAGCGCGACCUGUCCUUUGCGUACGCCUCUGUCGCCAUAGCCCUGGUAGCUAACCUGAUCCUGGCGUCCGCGUACGUGUGCGUGCGCCCUGCGCGCCCCGUCCUCAACCAUGUGGCGUGGCUAGUGCUCUGGACUCAACUGUUAGUGAGCGCCUCUCGUCGGUUAGGAGAUUCGUACAACGAGUUACUUGGCUGGGCCGUAGUGCUUCAAUAUUUUACCCUCGCUACCCUACCUUUGCAUCAUGUGUUGCUCAUAUUGUACAGCUCAAUUUCGUUUUGCGGGUAUCUUCUGGUGCAAUACUACAAUGCUUCAACAUCAGAGACCAGACUGGCUGACGACUUCUACUUUCAGCAAAUAGCAAAUGGUGCACUGCUACUUGGUGCGACGAUGCUGGGAGGCACGGCAUAUGCUAUCAGUGAAAAGCAACAACGUAGUUCAUUCCAAGAAACCAAGAGAAGCUUACGUGAUAAACUCACAAUUGAACAACAGAGCAAAGAACAGGAGCGGCUGCUGCUAUCGGUUCUCCCAGAACACGUCGCCGUGCAAAUGCGGAAGGAACUCGGUCUGAUUGAUACGCAGUUCAAAAAAAUUUAUAUGUCUCGACAUGAAAAUGUCAGUAUUCUGUAUGCGGACAUCGUAGGCUUCACUGCUAUUUCCUCAACAUAUUCAGCACAAGAUCUCGUCGCCAUAUUGAAUGAGCUGUUUGCUCGUUUUGAUCGACUUGCUGAGAAAUAUCAACAGCUUCGCAUUAAAAUUCUGGGGGAUUGUUAUUAUUGCAUCAGCGGAGCGCCUGUUGAGCGUCCUGACCAUGCCGUGCUCUGUGUGCACAUGGGACUUUCUAUGGUCAAAGCCAUUAAAUAUGUUCAGCAGACCACAAACUCGCCAGUAGACAUGCGAGUGGGCAUCCACACAGGUGCAGUACUCGCGGGAGUACUUGGCCAAAGACAAUGGCAGUUUGAUGUAUACUCACGAGAUGUCGAACUAGCCAACAAGAUGGAGAGCAGUGGCAUGGCUGGACGCGUACAUGUUUCCGAAGUAACGCUGAGUUUUCUGAACGACGAGUUUGAAGUAGAGCCCGCUCAUGGAGAACGGCGCGAGGAAAUGCUGCGCCAGGCUGGCAUCAAGACGUACUUCAUCGUGCGAGUUCUCAAACCGUUUCAAGGAGGCGAGGAGAAGAGUGCACCGGAGGGCGAGGCCGCGGAGGGUGGAGACGCGGCCGACACGCUCUCCGACCUCCGAGACGAUGACGAGGACUCGGUUCUGUCGCCACAAGACGAGAGCAAGGACAACGAAGAACAGAAAAUACUUAGCAUGUUGCAAGAAGAGCUGGUGAAUAGAGACGAUGACAAGGAGCUAGCAGACGGGACGACGUUAUGCCUGACGUUCAAAGCGUCGGGGGCGGAGGACGUGUACGCUCGGCGAAGCGAUCCGUGCCCGCUGGCCAUCGCCGCGCCGCCGCUGAUGCUGCUCCCGGCCGUGGUGACGCUGGCCAGCUUCGCGGUGCCGCCCACCUGGUCACUGCAUGCCGUCUACCUCGCGCUCGUGCUAGAGACCGGCCUAAUCAACGUGGUUUAUUACACGUGCUAUCGAUAUUCACAGUAUAAGAAAAAAAUAGUGAGUCCUUAUUGGAAGCUAACAUGCGGAACGUUCAACAUCGCGAUGUUUGUGGCCGCGAACAUUGCGCCACUGAUAAUUUGCGGUAAUUUCGAGACGAUGCUUCUGGAGGAUGGGCUUCGAGACGACGCGCCUGCGCACAGCGGCGCACGUCGCUGCAUACAUCCUUCUUACUACUAUCAUGUGGGUGCGGGCGCAGCUUGCGGCGCGCUGUGGGUGUCGCCGUUGGGUGUAUGUGCGCGCAGCGUGCUGCUGGCUCUGCUAGCCGCCGCGCACGCCGUGCCCGCGCUCCUGCACCCCGCGCUGCUGCUGUCGCGGCCCUCGCUCGACCGCGACCCCUACCGCGUGCGCUACAACGCCACCACCGACUACGACGAACACCUACUGGCGAUACUGGCUCGUAUCCACGGCGGUCGAAACAUAAUCAUGCUGUUCUUCAUAGUGGUGGCGCUCCUGAUAUUCAAUAGAUACGUGGAAUCCCUGGAGCGUGCCCGUCAUUCCCGCGGGGAGCGCAUGCGGGCACAAGCGGAGCAAGCUGGUGACUUGCGACGGCGCAACCAGGCGCUCAUCCACAACGUGCUGCCGCCGCACGUGGCGCGUCACUUCAUGGGCGCGCGCCACCACCAUCGCGACCUCUACAGCCAGAGUUACGCGGAGGUCGGCGUGCUAUUCGCCUCCAUGCCCAACUUUUCAGAGUUCUACUCCGAAGAAACAGUCAAUAAUCAAGGCCUAGAAUGUUUACGGUUUCUGAAUGAAGUCAUAUCAGACUUCGAUCUGUUACUUGAAGAUUCCAAGUUCAGUAAGGACAUAAUCAAAAUAAAAACUAUCAGCUCCACGUACAUGGCUGCGUCAGGCCUAAACCCAACGCGACAAAUGCAGCCAUCAGACGGGGUGCUAGUGCGAUGGGCGCACCUGGCAUGUCUGGUGGAGUUCGCGCUAGAGCUGCAGCGCGUGCUCGCAGCCAUCAACGAGCAGUCCUUCAACCACUUCGUACUGCGCAUGGGCGUCAACCACGGGCCCAUCACCGCCGGCGUCAUCGGCGCGCGCAAGCCCCACUACGACAUAUGGGGGAACACCGUCAAUGUUGCGUCUCGGAUGGAAAGCACCGGCAAAGCUGGCUGCAUUCAGGUGACAGAAGAGACUUGCGAGAUCCUGCAGAGUUUCGGCUAUUACUUCGAGCAGCGUGGCCUGGUCGCGGUCAAGGGCAAGGGCCAGCUCAUGACCUACUACUUGCAGGGCAAGCGCGACACGCCCACCGGCCAGACGGACAAACACACUGUGGAGCCCCCAGCUCCGGAGCCUGGAGCCGGCGACGCGUUGCUAGCCAAUGGUGACGCCGCAGACGGCUGCGACCCGCUGCGGGCCCCGGCUGACGCAGAUCGGCCCCUACUGCCAGCCUGAAUACUGCCCUGCAUUCCAUACUACAAUAAUAUAGGCGUAACCACUAAAUAAACUGUCAUAAACUCAUACCUUCAUUCUCACAGCAAUAAAAUAACUCUCUCUAAAAAUACUGCUACACACGAAGUGGCACUUUUGAAUUAGAUCAGAAGUAGGUGUUGUAUAGGAAUAUACCUACCUAUAUUUUUUAAAUGUUUCAAAAAAUUAUUGAUAUUUACGUUAAUUUAUCUGCCGUGUCUAAAAUCUCAUUUCAGUGUGUGCAUAAAUUUCACAGUUUUCAUAAUGCAGCUGUUAGAUGUCUGUAAAAUAGUACAAAGUAUGAGGAACAGUCGUCUUUCAAAGUGUCCUUCUUUUUCUUGAAUUUUGUAUGAAGAGAAAAGAGUUUUUGUAUGAUUGGCAAGGAGUGAUAGAAGAAAAUAAAAAAAAACUAAGGAUUCACCGUUGAGUGGCUGUAUUAAUAUUACUGCAGUAUUCAUAUAUAAAUUACCACACACAUAACAUACUUACCUAACAAAAGCCCAGAAGCCUUCAUUAAACAAGUCUUUAGUUUUUGUUAGACGUUUGUUUGUUUGAAGUAGUUUGCUAUAUUGAAAUGCUUUUUAUAACAGAUGCGACAAAGCAAGCUCAAAGUAAUUGGAUUGAAGACGCGUUUACUUAUAUCUAUUAAGCAGUUAAAAUUAAUAGACUUAUCGAUAUGGUGAGAAGCACUCUUCACAUGAAAAAAGGAGUGUUUUACCAAUUUUUUGAAAUAACAACGAUAACAAAUAAGCUGAACUUGUUUAUUCAAAACUAGACUAAACUAGUUACCCUGAAUCUAGUUUCGCCGGUAAACAAGUAUUCUUAGAAUGCAAACACUGCACACAAUGAUUUUUCUCACACUAACUUAAGGCAUUAUACAUAGAUACUAAAUUGGUAAAUAAGUAUUUAUUUUGUAAAACCAUAGACGUAGAAAAAUAAUAGUUAGUGCUUGAAUAUUGCUGUCAUGAAAUCAUAAUUGCCAGUUGCCUAUUAAGUUUUGGUUAAUAAUAAUGAGAAAGUGAGUGCUGUCUAAUGGUUGUUACGUAAGGUUUACAUUAAUACUGCUUAAGCCUAUGACGUUUAUAUGUAAUUGUAUUGUAUUAUCUAUUCUUACGACAAUGACUAAUCAAACUGGAAACAAUAAUCAUUCUUUUUUUUGCAAUUCAAUAUUUGAAAGAUCAAACGAUACGCCUCAUGGUUGGUUGAGUUCAUUUACCCUUUUGGAUAUCGACAUCGACUACUUCUAAUAUAACUGUUUACAGCUCUAGGUAAUGAAUGUGACUUUUAACUUAGUAUUUAAUAACUUAGUGAUGUGAUCACGAUGUUAUACUUUCUACUGGCUCAUUGUAUGCAGUAGGUAAGGGCCACAACUAUGAUUAAUUAGAGAAAUGGACUAGCGAUCUAGUCUUGUUAUUCAAAAUAAAGUGUAGCAAUAAUAAAUUAUAAUUUAACUUAUUAUUCAGGGUAAUAAUCACUUCAAACAACAAACAAAUCUAGGAGUUUAUCAAAAGAUCUGAUAAAUAAAUAGUUUAUCGUUGUGGUAAUCCGUAUACCCAUCUAUUGGGGUGGGUUUAGCUUUACAUUGCAAUGAGAACUUUUGUAUUCGGUGUAGCUUUAUAUUACUUUGUGCGUUCUAAAUCCAAUUCAUUAUCAUUUAAGUGUCCAGCGGACUCGGAGGCACUAAACUGCCUUCAUUAUUAUGAUAAACUAUUCUUGUUUUCAUUCUGCGUCUGAUAUAAUAAUUCAUCGAUAAAUCAAUUUAUGGAUUUUCUUACUGCACAAGUCUUGACCCACCCUAAUAGUGUAUUAGAAAGAAUUGUAAAUUUUAACAAAUAAACGCAUUAAGCUUAUGGUAUCUAUUAUUUCAGGUUAAAAAAAAUGGUUCAGGAGCCCAUUAUUUUGGUGGGUAGUGUUAGUAAGGGUAAAUAAAAGGAAGCCAUUCCGCGUAAAACAGCGAUAAGCGAUAGCAUCUGUUGGUAGUGGAGACCAACCCCGAUAUAGCAAACAGAUGACGACGAAGGUUCAACAGCUCAUCGAUUCAUACAUAUGCAUCUUUUUUAUACCGAAUAUAUUGUUUUGUAAUUUUCAUAUACGUAUCUGAGCUUUAACAAAAAUAUUGUGUAAUAUCUAAGAAAUAUCUUACAUUUCACAGAAAAUCAAGAAAAAAAUGUGUUGACUGAUUCUAUAAGAAACCACAAAUAACAUUUAUUGCCUAUAAACCCAGUUUCGUUAGCCUUUCAAUACCCACAAACUCCUUUUUGUUACCUACUUUUUGAACAAUUUAUUAUAAUUUUAUUAUUAUUGUAUUAGGCACAUUGUGCAUCCUUAUUUUUAUACUUUUAUAAUGUUAUAUCAUGAACAAACUGAUAUCGAUAAAGAUUCAAAAUGGAACCUACAUGAGCAGAUACAAGUUUCGCGAGUUACAUAACAGUGUUUUUGCAGUAAAUCUUAUAUAGUUGGUGUUGCCUCAUCUUUGGAUCUUCAUGUAUUUAGGUAGCUAUAUUGUGAUAUUGAUUGUUAGGUACUUAGAACGUUAGCAUCAGUGUCGCUUGAAUCUCAUCAGACGGACGCGUCUGUGCCAGUGUGUAAUCAAUUAAGAGUAGAAUAUUAUGUACUACGUAUUAGAGUAGGUGAUACAAAUAUAAUGUAACAUCAUUAAAUCUGUGCUUUCAUAAUUCGCCUAGAGUAUCUUCUUAGCCUAAGUAUUUAUUGUGUACUUUUGUAUUAGAGUAUAAAGUAUCUACUAGGACGUAACAUAGGUGUCAUCUUCCGAGUAGGUCCUUGCACAGAUCUAUCAUAGAUACAUAUUGUUUAAAUACAUAUUGUGUAGGUAUCUCAGUGGUGAUAUUAUUACUGUAAUUCGUAUUUAGGUGUAUGUAGAAAGAUGAUUUUAUUUUCUUUCUCUCUAGUGAUAUUACCUACUUCCUGUGAUUUGUGACUAUUAAUAAUUUUAUACAUGUUCUAGCUCAAACUAAAUCUGGAGGUUGAACUUCUCUUGGCUAUAAUUUUAUUAAAUAAAGCAAUAUCUACA